AUGGCGUCCUGGUGCGGCUCCCUGGGCCUGCUAGCCUGGCUCCUGCUCCUGCAGCUGCGGAUCGGCGAGGCCCCGGUGUCCGCCGCACCCCUGGCGUCCUGGGGGCCUGCGGGCGGCGAGGUCCUGGGGACGAGCCUGCUGGAGGAGCCCGCCAAGGAGCCAGAGGCGCCAACGGACGCCUCGACCGUGCGGACAGACCCCUUGACCGUGCGGACGACACCCACCCCGUUGGCUCCCAUGUCAGGCCGGAUCGGGGUGCUGCCGCAUCUGCUGGCGUUCACCUCCGGUGAGCACGCCACAGUGUGUGGCCGGAGCAUCCUGAAGAUCAUCGGAGGCUCUGACGCCAAGGAAGGGAAGUGGCCCUGGCAGGUGAGCGUGCGGAUCAAUAAGCAGCACGUAUGCGGAGGCUCUCUCAUCACUGAGCAGUGGGUGCUGACGGCUGCGCACUGCAUCUUAACACGUCAUUUGCGGUACAGUGUGAAGAUGGGAGAUAGCAGUAUCCAUCAACAAGAGACAAGUCUGGUGAUCCCCAUCCGGAACAUCAUUGUCCAUCCUAAGUUCAAAACAACUGCAACGGUUAAAAAUGACAUUGCCCUUCUUCACCUCCUCUACCCUGUGAAUUAUACCUCUACCAUCCACCCUAUCUGCGUCCCUUCCGAGGCUUUCCAAGUGCAAGCUGGGACCAAGUGCUGGGUGACUGGGUGGGGCAAAACAGAAGAAGGAGAGGACACACCUUCAGCAGAGAUUCUGCAGGAAGUGGACCAACGAAUUAUCCUUUACCAAGAAUGUAAUGAGAAGAUGCAGACAGCCUUGUCAUCUAAAAGGGAUCUGGUCUUGCAAGGGAUGAUAUGUGGCGAUACCAACAAAGGAAAGGAUUCUUGUCAGGGAGACUCUGGGGGCCCCAUGACCUGUGAAUUUAAUGAAACGUGGAUCCAGGUGGGGAUCGUGAGCUGGGGCGUUGGCUGUGCGCGCCAAGGCUUUCCUGGAGUUUAUACUUAUCUCAGCUUCUACAGCAAGUGGGUGGUGGCAACCGUGAACCAGGCGGUACCUUUGUAUUCGGUGAUGUUUCUCAUUCUACUGGCGUGUCUUAUGCUGCCCGUGGGCAUCCUAGUGACGCGGUGA